AUGUCGAUCAUUAGGAAACUGAAUCAUAGAAUAACAGAUUCUAUCAAGGAGUUAGAAUUACACUGUUUACGUCUAUCUAUCUAUAUCACCGUUUACGCCUAUCUAUCUAUGUAUCUAUCUAUCUCACCGUUUACGCCUAUCUAUCUAUGUAUCUAUCUAUCUAUCUAUCUCACCGUUUACGCCUAUCUAUCUAUGUAUCUAUCUAUCUAUCUAUCUCACCGUUUACGCCUAUCUAUCUAUGUAUCUAUCUAUCUAUCUAUCUCACCGUUUACGCCUAUCUAUCUAUGUAUCUAUCUCACCAUUUACGCCUAUCUAUCUAUGUAUCUAUCUAUCUCACCGUUUACGCCUAUCUAUCUAUGUAUCUAUCUAUCUCGUUUACGCCUAUCAUCUAUCCAUCUAUCUAUCCUUUUACGCCUAUCUAUCUAUGUAUCUAUCUAUCUCACCGUUUACGCCUAUCUAUCUAUCUCACCGUUUACGCCUAUCUAUCUAUCUAUCUAUCUAUCUCACCGUUUACGCCUAUCUAUCUAUGUAUCUAUCUAUCUCACCGUUUACGCCUAUCUAUCUAUGUAUCUAUCUAUCUCACCGUUUACGCCUAUCUAUCUAUCUCACCGUUUACGCCUAUCUAUCUAUCUAUCUCACUGUUUACGCCUCAUUCAUCUAUCUAUCUCACUGUUUACGCCUAUCUAUCUAUCUAUCUCACUGUUUACGCCUAUCUAUCUAUCUAUCUCACUGUUUACGCCUAUCUAUCUAUCUAUCUCACUGUUUACGCCUAUCUAUCUAUCUAUCUCACUGUUUACGCCUAUCUAUCUAUGUAUCUAUCUCUCUCACUGUUUACGCCUAUCUAUCUAUGUAUCUAUCUCUCUCACUGUUUACGCCUAUCUAUCUAUGUAUCUAUCUCUCUCACUGUUUACGCCUAUCUAUCUAUCUGUCCACGUCUACGUAUCUAUCUAUCUACCUAUCAGACUUCUACUCCAUGGAAAGCUGGCCACUAACGUCCCGUUCCAAUGCAGUGUUCAUUUCUCCCUGUUGACUUUUUAG